AGUAUCCCCCUUCUGCUUCUACUAUCAGGUCUGUUUCCUGACUUGCAUUUUUCUUCUCCCCACAGGAGAAAACAAGUAGUCACCUCUCCUGGAAGCUCACAAAACAAUGUAGACCCCACAGACUGCCAGAUUAUUACACGCGCCCCUCCACCUAUCACAAAAAGACCAGUGACAGGGAUCUAGCCCACAAGGACACCCAAGUGUGACUUCCUUUUCUUUCCACAAAGGCCCAGAGUCCACACUGCAUUUCCACAGAGACCUUUCCUCCUUUCAAGGUGCAAACACAGUUUUCAGAUCCAUCCAUUUUUUUUUCCACACAGUCACCUUACUCCUCAUUUUAAAUGUUUCUUCAGAAGAAAACUCCAGAGAGGAAGCUCCUCUGAGGGAAGCAGAGAGAAAAGAGAAGCCCCUGGCAUGCUGAAGCAAAAGAAGCCAAUGCCUCAGAAAAGACUAUAUAAAGAUAUGUUUUCUUUUUCCAAACUAAAACUGUUGGAUUUGAAGAUUCAGUCUCUGAAACACUACCAACUAGAAAUUGAUCUUGUCAGCAGUUAAAAUAAUUGGUUUAUAGAGUAUUCAUGUUUGCAAAAUAAGUUUCUUAUCCCCACAUUUUUAUGAUUACAGGAUAUUUAUGUAAAUAAAAUUCCAAAAUGGGUGUUUCCAGUAGUUCCUAUCCAUACUGAGAUGCUAGAAGAAUCAGCUCCCUCUUCUAAAUUAAAUAAAGAUUAAUCUAACUUAAGUAAACUUAAUAAUCUAAUUUAAAUUAAACAAAUGGAGAUCAUUAUAAGCCAAAUGAAGACACUAAUGGUACCCUUUUAUACUCAAUGGAAGACUUGCUGAGCAAGGAGCAUUUACGAAGUGAACUUUAAAUAAAUUAUAGAAAGCUGAAAGUUUUAUUUUAUUCUCCGUUUGGCAGUGGUUAGGUUAAGAUAUUUAUUCAUUUGUUUUUUAUAGAAGAAUAAUUGACACAACAUAUUCGUUUUCAGGUGUACAACAUAUGUUUCAAUAUUUGUAUAUGUUGCAAAUGAUCAGCACAAUAAAUAUAGUUAACAUCCAUCACCACACAUAGUUACAAAAACUUUUUUUGUGUGAUGAAAACUUUCAAGAUUCACUUAGUUUUAUAAAAACAAAAAAUAAAAUAUAAAGAUUAAAGCAGGGGACUCUGAUUAAAGAUGGCAGCAUAAGAGGUGAGACAGAGACCUCCUCCUAAAACCACAUAUAAUAAAAAAAUAUAAUUAAUAUAACUAAUUGUGAAAGAGCAAUAGGAAA